GUCAGUUGAAGCUGUACUGGUCAACAUAUAAGACAGAAAUACGAUUGUUUAGUUGCAAAUUUAAAAAUUCAUCAAAAUAAAAAUGAAUAUAGUUCUAAAUUCAUUGGGAAAUAUUUUUAAAUUGAAAUUAUUAAAAUCAAGACGUGCUGCUGUGACAAUUUUGAGCUUUAUCGGUCUUCUACUUGCUUUAGUGAAUAGUGUAAGCUUAAGUGUUGUGAUUGUGGCUAUGACCAAUGAAGUUAACAAGACCCUGGAAAAUGGAACAGUUGUGCUUGAGAGAGAAUUUCAAUGGGACUCCAAGGAGCAAGGAUUAGUCCUUAGUGCUUACUACUACGGUUUCUUGUGGACACAACUGCUUGGCGGUAUGCUCGCUUCUAAAUUUGGUGGCCAUAUUGUUUUCGGUAUUGGAAAUGGUUUAGGUGCAAUUACAAUGCUCCUUUUACCAUGGAUGGCUAAUUUAGGGAUCUACUACUUUGUUGCCGGAAGAAUAGUUCUUGGUUCACUUUCGGGAGUAGUGAUACCUGCUGUUCAAGAAAUAUUCUCAAAAUGGGCACCAAUUCAUGAGAGAACUACAAUGUUGGGAAUUGCUCUAUCAGGAACACAAAGUGGAUCCUUCACUGCAUUCCUCUUAUCAGGAUAUUUUGUUCAAUUGCUAGGAUGGCAGAGCGUUUUCUACAUAUCCGGAAGUUUCGGUGUUCUAUGGGUGUGUAUUUGGAUGAUUUACAUUAGGAAAGAUCCAGCAAGUGAUCCACGAAUUUCACACGAAGAACUAACAUACAUACGGGAAAAUCUGGAAGAUUUGAGUGCAAAGAAAAAUCUCAAAACCCCAUGGAAAGCAAUCUUCAGCUCAUCAGCUGUCUACGCAGUUAUAGUGGCUAGCUUCUGUGAUCUCUGGUCACGAUUGACUUUUCUAACGGAAAUACCCAAUUUUCUCAACAGUAUGGUUCACAAUGAUUUAGGAACAAGAGGACUUUUUGCAGCAGCCCCUUACCUACUUUGCCUCUUGCUUACCAUCGCUGUUAGUCCAUUCUUGGAUUACCUCCGAAGAACUAUUUUUUCAACGAAAGUUGUCAGGAAACUUGGAACUGUCUUUGGAUUUCUCGUAACAGCAACUUUCCUUGUUAUUAUCCCGAAUUUAAGGGAUGAAAAGGCAACUGUUGCCUGUCUCAUUAUUCCCGUAGGGGUUUCAGCUGUAACACUAGUCUCGUACAUGUCUAACCCUCUUGACAUAGCACCAAAUUAUGCUGCAAUUCUAACGGGUAUCGCACAGACCAUUAGCUCAAUUCCAGGUAUUAUUUCUCCCUUCCUUACUGGCGUCAUCGUUCAAAAUGGAAGUCAAAAUGAAUGGGAAAUUGUUUUCUACAUAUCAGCUGGAUUUUGUAUUUUUGGAGCGAUAUUUUUUGCCAUUUUUGCCAAAGGAGAAGUCCAAGAAUGGGCAAAAAUCAAUUCAAGAGUAGCAACAGAAUUGCAAGAAACGCAAAUAUCCUAUCCAAAUUAAUAUGAGUCUCGUAAAAUGAAUAUUUUCUAAUCUUUUCUUCUUAGUUUAUAAGAUUUCUGGUAUUCUGUGAAAAAUAUUUUAAAGAUUUUUACAAUUUAAAUUGAGAAUUUUCAAAGACUUUCAAAAACUUUGAAGAGAGAAAAUCUACUGUUUUUCUUGUUCCCUGUGUUGUUCUGUGAAAGAAAAUGUAUGAUUUAAGCUAAAUGAAAAAGAAUACGUUUAAACCCCUAGUCUACCAAGUAAGGUAAAGUUCAAGCCUAGUUUUAAAAUUUCUUUAGCUUACAUGUAAAUAAAUAAGAAGUAAAGUUUGUGUUUAAAAUGAGUGCUCUCUGAUUGGCUGAAAAAUUCGAAAAAAACCUAGCAAAACUCUCUUAUUUUUUGCAUUUUUAUUUCCCCUAAAAAAUUAAAAGAUUUUUUUAACCAACUCUAAAUUCACUUUAUUCUAAAAAAAAACUAUUUUAAUUCAAUGAACAAAACUUAAAAAUAAAUGUUGGUUACUAAUUGAGAGAAUAUAAACUUUGCUCAAUGAAAAAUUUAACAACCGCGUGUGUUCUCAUAAAACUUCUACUUAAUAUGUCUGACAAUGACUUUUCAGUUUUUUUUUCUAAGUGGAAAAUAAAACGUAGAAAAACUAAUUUCUCCACCAGGAA